GAAUAUUAUGUAUUAAUCUGUCAUAUUUUGAUUCAGAUCGGGUGACCCCUCACCACUACCUCCUAGUGAACAUGUCGUCGACCUCAAAGAAACACUCUAGCCUCGUGUCUGAGCCAUUGGGCAGGAAGAGGGCAGACACUCUGCCCGGCAUCGGACACGUACUCGGCGAGAGGCUCGUGAUGAAGGGCUUUGAAAAGGCCUCCAUGGUGGUGGGUCAGUACAUGGUGCUGGGGAACGACGAGGUGCGCUUCAAUCGCUGGCUGCACAACACAUGCGGGGCGAAUAAUAAACAGCAAUACGAAUGCCACAAGGCCAUCAAGGAGUGGUGCGAUUCCUUCAUAUAGGCCGCUCUCCUCUUUUAUCACACGUCCUUCUCUACUCUUUUUGUUUCUUUUUUUUGGCCUGAAACGUAAGCUCGCUGACUGUUCAGGGACGCAACAACGACAACAACAUAAAACCAGAUGGUUGUUUGAGACUUUGCUCAGUUUGACUCGUUUUAAGAAAACAGCUCUAUACUUUUUGGAUCUAAAUGAUCUGAAACAAAUGUCUACUUUAACUCAUGAAUCAAUGCCAUAAUCAAUGCCAUAAGCAAACUAAAAAUGGUGCACUAUGAUUACACAAUAUGAUAUUAUGGGGUGUGCAGUGUUUAAUAGUAAAGGGUGAACAUGGCUAAAUAUGUCAAUGUCAUAAAAUGUUAUGGUUGUUAAGGCAACCAAGCAGAAACAAUAAUAAUAACAAUAAAGAAACAAUAAAACAAGAA